AUGGCGAAGACGAUAGCGGUGACGUCUGUGGAACUCAAAGACGACAAGCAGCAAGCUCUGGCCACUGCCGCUACCGUCCCUGUAGACGACCACACCCAGCAUCACCAUCCAGAGCUCUCCCAUCUGCGCCAUGCCGACGACGCCCUUCUCGCAAAGCUCGGCUACAAAGCCGAGUUCAAGCGCGAGUUUUCGCUCAUAGAGACUGUCGCGUUUGCCUUUUCAAUCAUGGGCGUCAUCGCGUCAGUGUCCUCGACGUUCUCCUUCCCGCUUGCCUCAGGCGGCCACGUCGGCAUGGUGUUUGGCUGGCUCAUCCCGUCGCUCUUCGUCAUGACCGUCGCGGCUUCCAUGGCCGAGCUCGCGUCGUCCAUGCCCACGAGCGCCGGGCUGUACUACUUCUCCGCAAAGCUGGCGCCGCCCAAGUACGCGCCGCUCGCGAGCUGGAUCACCGGCUGGGCGAACAUCACCGGCCAGGUGACGCUGGUGUGCUCGAUCGACUUUACAUGCGCACAGAUGAUCACGAGCGCGAUCGCGGUGGGCUCGGGCGGCUCUGUGAACCUGGGCGCGGGCGCGACGUACGGGAUCCUGCUCGCGAUCCUGGCGACGCACGGGAUGGUGUGCUCCGCGGCGACGCGCGUGCUGGCGCGGCUGAACCUGUUCUACGUCGUCGUCAAUGGCGAGCCGCGCGCAGUCGGCACGUCGAUCGCGGCGAUCGUCGCGCUGCUGGUGUGCUCGGGCGCGAGCGGGCAGCGUGUGUCCACGCGCGAGGCGUUCACGGACUUUGAGAACAACACGGGAUGGACGAACAACGGCUGGGCGUUCCUCCUCGCGUUCACGUCGCCGAUGUGGACGCUGACGGGCUACGACUCGGCCGCGCACAUCGCGGAGGAGACGGCCGGCGCAGCACGCGCGGCGCCCAUCGCGAUCCUCGUCGGCGUCGGCGCGACGGCGUCGCUCGGCUGGCUGCUGUUCAUCGCGGCGUCGUUCGCGACGGCGUCGGUGCCCGCGCUGCUCGCGUCGCCGCUGCCGCUGCCGAUGGCGCAGCUGUUCGUGGACGUGCUGGGCGCGCGCGGGAUGCUCGCGCUGUGGAGCUGCGUGAUCGUCGUGCAGUACGUGACGGGCGCGGCGCAGGGCGUGGACGCGUCGCGCGUCGUGUUCGCGUUCGCGCGCGACCACGCGCUGCCGGGGUCGCGCUGGUGGAAGCGCAUCGACCGCCGCACGCGCACGCCCGUGCACGCGGUCUGGCUCGUCAUGGUCCUCGCGGGGGUCUGCGGCCUGCUCGGGUUCUCGGCGACCGCGCUGUCGUCGCUCGCAGGGGCGUCGGUCAUCGGUCUGUACACGUCGUACGUGACGCCCAUCUUUCUGCGCAUCACGUCUGGGCGCGACAAGCUCGUCCCCGGGCCGUUCACGCUCGGGCGCUGGUACCUGCCGAUCGGGGCCAUCGCGUGCGCGUGGGUGUCGUUCAUCGUCGUGCUGCUGCUGUUCCCGCCGGGGCAGACGCCCAGCGCGGACACGAUGAACUACGCGGUGGUGAUCAUCAUGGCGGUGUUCGUGUUCGCGUCGGUGUCGUGGAUGGUGUCGGCGCGCAAGUGGUUCACGGGCCCGAUCGUCAACGUGGACGACAGCCGCACGGCGUCGUUCGACGAGAAGCACGGCUCGCAGUGA